CCUCCACCUCUGCCGGGAAAUGUCCUGCUACGACCUCUGCCCCACCACCGGUGGCAUCUCCUGCCCGCAGCCCGUGGCCAACAGCUGCAACGAGCCGUGCGUCCGGCAGUGUCCGGACUCCACCGCCCUCAUCCAGCCGCCCCCGGUGGUGGUCACCUUCCCCGGCCCCAUCCUCAGCUCCUUCCCGCAGCAGGCCGUGGUGGGAUCUGCUGGAGUCCCGGCCUUUGGGGGCUCUCUGGGCUAUGGGGGUCUCUACGGCUCCGGGGCUUUCCCGGGAUACGGUGCCCGCUCUGGAUAUGGGAUCUCGGCGCUGGCCAGCGGCUCCUGCGGCCCCUCCACGUCGCGCCGCUUCAGCCGCCUCCUCCGCGGCUCCUGCGGGCCCUGCUGAGCGCAACUGAACCUCCAGAGAAUCCCGGGAAUGCCCAAAUCCACUGCCAUGAGCGUGAGGGGUCAGUGCUUCCAUGGGCCCCUUCGCAUUCCUGAUCUUUCUCCUACUUCUUGUUUGGCACCUCCUUGUUGUUUGCUCUCACUGCCUGUUCCAGCAUUCCUGAUUUAUUGGGCUGGCAUGGAAUGGCCCAUUUCCUGUUCCACCAUUCCCGAUUUAUUGGACCAACAUGGGAGAGCCUAGUCCCCGUUACAGCAUUCCCAAUUUAUUGGACGGGUGUGGAACGGCCCGUUCCCUGUUCCAGCAUUCCUGAUUUAUUGGACCAACAUGGAACAGUCCAUUCCCUCUUCCAGCAUCUCUGAUUUAUUGGACCAACAUGGGAGAGCCCAUUCCCUGUUCCGGCAUUCCCGAUUUAUUGGACCAACAUGGAACAGCCCAUUCCCGAUGGAUUUCACCCUCAAUGACAAAUAUCCUUGGACAAAAACCAGGAGAAGCUGGCUGAGGACAUCUCAGAGCAGGACUUUGGUUGGACUUCCCCCAGAAUUAUCCGGGAAUGAAUUUUCCCCAAAAUUGUCCGGGAAUGGAUUUUCCACGUUCUGUGAUCUCUGGCUUUGCAAAGGGGCGUUUCCCACUCAUUAAAACUUUGUUGCAUC